GGGGCCCCAUUUUAUGGCAAUAAAGCGACUUAGCGCCUGCUGAGCGAGCCCCUCCCCGCCGCCGCCCCCGCCCUCGGCCCCACCCCGGGGCUCGCCCGCAGCGGCGGGGCUUUGUUUCUGGGGAGGAGGACCCGGAGCUCUUUUGUUUGGGGGUUUGGUGUUUUCACCCCCCCCACCUCACCUCACCCCACCCCACCCCACCCCCCACGCCUCUCCGGUUUCCUGAGCUGCGGGCUGCAAGGGAGGAGAAGCGGCGUCUUGCAACCCCCUCGGCUGGGCCCCGGGGUAAUUCGAUGCGGGCCUGGCGAGGCUCCCCACGCUAGACCGGGGCUCGCGUCUCGGCAGCCUCCACCCACCGGCCCACCCUACAUUUAGCGCAUCAUGUGAUCCGGCUUUCGCAGCCUCUCAGCAUGUAGAAAAUACCUUCUGAAUACGAUUAAACAGGAUCAAUGUGACUCUGGAGACAAAUGGAUGAAUGAAUACCCAUAUGAAGAGGAAAACAAUAAAGAAUAUCAACACCUUUGAGAACAGAAUGUUAAUGCUUGAUGGGAUGCCGUCAGUCAGAGUCAAAACAGAGCUUUUGGAAUCUGAACAAGGGGUAAAUAAAUUCACUCCUAGAAAAUUUUAAUGAUGAUACCAAGACGGCACAGCUAGUAAGUGACAGGUCUCCAAACGUCCACAACUACCCCGAUAUGGAAGCUGUUCCCCUGUUGCUAAAUAAUGUGAAAGGGGAGCCGCCGGAGGACUCGUUAUCUGUAGAUCACUUCCAAACACAAACUGAGCCAGUGGACUUGUCGAUCAACAAAGCCAGGACAUCCCCCACAGCCGUUUCAUCCUCCCCAGUUUCCAUGACAGCAUCUGCCUCCUCGCCUUCUUCAACUUCAACCUCUUCAUCGUCUUCUAGUCGUCCAGCCUCAUCCCCAACUGUUAUAACAUCCGUAUCUUCAGCAUCAUCUUCGUCAACAGUAUUAACUCCAGGGCCCCUUGUCGCCUCCGCGUCUGGUGUGGGAGGCCAGCAGUUUUUGCACAUUAUCCAUCCUGUACCGCCUUCGAGUCCCAUGAAUUUACAGUCUAACAAACUGAGUCACGUUCACCGCAUCCCUGUGGUGGUACAGUCGGUGCCUGUUGUCUACACAGCUGUGCGGUCACCUGGAAAUGUGAACAACACUAUUGUAGUGCCGCUUUUGGAAGAUGGGAGAAGCCAUGGCAAAGCACAAAUGGACCCCCGAGGCCUAUCUCCCAGACAAAGUAAAAGUGACAGUGACGAUGAUGACCUGCCAAAUGUGACCUUAGAUAGCGUUAAUGAGACUGGAUCUACGGCCCUUUCCAUAGCCAGAGCAGUACAAGAGGUACAUCCGUCCCCAGUAUCAAGGGUCCGGGGAAAUCGAAUGAAUAAUCAGAAGUUUGCUUGUUCAAUUUCACCAUUUAGUAUUGAGAGCACAAGACGCCAGAGACGGUCUGAAUCCCCAGACUCCAGAAAACGGCGUAUCCACAGAUGUGACUUUGAAGGAUGCAACAAAGUAUACACAAAAAGUUCUCACCUGAAGGCUCACCGAAGGACACAUACAGGAGAGAAACCCUACAAGUGCACCUGGGAAGGCUGCACCUGGAAGUUCGCGCGCUCGGACGAACUGACAAGGCAUUACCGCAAACACACGGGAGUGAAGCCAUUCAAGUGCGCGGACUGUGAUCGCAGCUUUUCCCGGUCAGAUCAUUUGGCACUGCACCGCCGGAGGCACAUGCUGGUGUGAGGAAUGCUACCCGUCCAGCUGAGCGUAAGAGCUGGAUCUCUUAGCGGCACCCAAUUCAGCAGGGCUGAAUCCCCUUCACAGUGUUAACACAAAAGGGCAUCACCAUCCCACGAUGUCUGAAACCAGAGCAGGAAAAAGAAGUAACACUUCUCCUUUCGGUCUGAAGGUAACCCCCAUCACGACUACACCAGAAACGUCUUCUCGCUGGCCUGGGAGAUCCGUGACACAAAUGCUGAAGAGACAGGCAUUGUUUCCCGUGCUGUGUACUCUGCCAUUUCAAGAUGUUUGUAGCUUGUACGUUUUCUGAGCUGUCAGACGUUUUGUUAUCGAUACCGUAAAGGUCGUCUACCACAAAUUGAUGGCUAGCGCAAGACCUUUUAAAUUUGGAUUCUUCUCCCAUCAUCCCACCCCUUACCCUCUUUUUACUGAAAUUUUAGUUACUGUCUCAGUAAGAUAGAACACACAUCCAAUCUGUUACCAGCAAGCAGCAUGAAAGUAGAGAAGAAGCAGCCUGUUGGAGAGGUUCCAUUACCUGAAAAUAAAGGGGCGCUCAGGCAGCCCUUUGCAAUAGUGAUGACGGCAACUAGAUAUCACCCGCAACUUGUCAUUCUGCCAUGCCCUGAAGAAAACCAACAUUGAAUCUCUCAUUUGUUUGUCGUUGAUUGUUUUUGUUUUGUUUUGAUUCUGUUUUGUUCAUCUGUUCGAGCAGAGGGGCAGCGACAUUUCAGUUGGAGCCUAGUCUCGGUGUCUGCCCUGGCAUGGACUGGCACAGAGGUGUUCUGUAGUUGAAUAGGAAGAGCCUGUCUAAAAAACUACUGCCCCACUUCAAAUUGCAGUGUUCUGUCACCUAGGCAUCAUCUCUUCCUGCCCCUAGUAUUUGAUUACAAGGAAUCAGGGGGAAAAAAAAAACCAACAAACUUUCUUAGACACACUGGCACCAAGGUAAGAGGUGGGGCUGCUCGGGCAAAGUCAGUGAACAUGAAAAAUCAGACAAAGCAGAGAUGGAAUAAUGCGCCUCUUGAGGAGAAAAGCAAUAAUGAAUAAAAGGACUUUCCUACAAUAACUUCACUGAGGACUCACGUUACCAAUUUUCAUACUUACUAAAGGGAUUGUAAAAAACACCCUAGCAUUUUAGAUGUCUUGGUUACAUUUAGAGCCCUGAGGUAAUCUUUCUGCUGUUUGUUGUCCUGCUUGGUUGAGUACCACAACUAAAGAUUAUGCUCCCCUUUUCUUGUUUGAAAACAGUUAUUUGGUGACGAGAAAGGCCAAGGAGGCAUAGCAGGGAGUUAACCCUUGGGUUAAUGGGUCAGUUCUCCUUGGAACCGAGUCAGUGGAAAGGGAGCGCUCCCCGAGGAAAGCCUGACAUGGUGCUAGUUUCCUCACUUGGAGAGCCAAGGCCAAGUGACUCUCCAAUAGGUUCUUCUAUAUAGACUUCAUUUUCUAAACUGUAUCGGAACCCAGGGGUUCUGCGCUGGCAUCUACAGGGAUGUUGAACCCACUCAUCCUGUGCUGAGGGUGAGAGGAAGGAGAUGAUCAUCCCGUCAGCCCCCUAAACUCACGAGCCUUUCUUGCAGCUAGCAAAGUACACAGGAAACAAAGCAAUACAUCACCAACAAGCAUUCUUUCAGAAAAAUUACCGUGUUUUGUUUCUCCACUAAAAGCUGGGUUGGUUUUUUUUUUUUUUUUUUUUUUUCAGCUUUAUGUGGCUAAGGGGCUUGGUGAAGUUUUUUUGUUAUUGUUGUUGUUGUUGUUGUUGUUAAGAUUUUUUAUAGCUUAGAUAUAAAAGGUUGCCAGCAUAGGCCUUUGCAAUAUAUUUUAAUCACCAACACUUGAUUUGGGGAAUUGCACAAAUUAACCUCACAAUAUUCCUAGCUCAUGUUUAAAUGUUUGAACAUUCUGAAAUAAUUUCCGGUUGUAGAACUAUCCUUUUGGGGAUCCUCUUCUUACUCAGAGAAACUUUAAUGAUGAAGCAAGAACUAUAAACAUUGAAACAAGGGCAAUUCGUGUUGGAUGGUAUUAAAAGGAAUUUGUUUUAAAUGUUCAAGCAACAGCAUAAUGAUUUUCAGGUCAAAUUCUGUCUUCAAAAAUACGUGCUCUGCAUUUUCUGCCAGGUCUGAAAAAUUCAUCAGGCACUUUCCUUCGAACAAGGGCUGCGAUUCUGUUGAUAAACAGCUCCUUUUGCUACACAAUCUUACUGCCCACCAAGCACUGGGUUUUUUGGUUGUUGUUUUUUGGGUUUUUUUGUUUUUUUUCUCCUCUUUCGUUCUUUUUUUUUUUUUCUUUUUUACCAACUGGAAAGUUGUUUGUUUUUUUUUUUGUUUUUGUUUUUGUUUUUGUUUUUAUCCGUACUGUAUACAAUUCCUACUUCUCAUUGCUUGUGACCAUUUUGGAUAGAAAAAGGUUUCUUGCUACACAGCGGCGUUGGUUACUGGUCAGUGGCAAAGAACACAGAGAGUGGCCAGCAUGGCCUGUGAUGUCCUCACUGCCGGUCCUAGAACCUGGUUGGCUGUCAGUAGGUGAAUCGUCCAGGCGCAGUGUAGACUUGAUUUCACUCUGCCUACUCUCAUAAGAGGGGCAAUCUUUUCUCUGCGGAGAGAUGUCUUGAGAGUGUUACAAGUAGAAAUGGUUUUUAGAAUUUGUAGAACUGACAGGCAGUGGGAGCUUCCUGAGUGACAGCUUGACUUAAAUUUAGCACAGAACUAAAUGAGCUGCUCCUCUCUGAUCACAUCGGAAAGGUUCAGGGAAGUGAGCUUUUUCUCCACCCUCUGAAAGUAGAAACCAGACUGAGAUGGAGAUGGUAAGUUAACUGAUAAAACCUGUCAGCAUUAUGACAUUUCCCCCUUUCGACAUAAUCGAUACUUCUAAAGAGAGAUCCGAGCACAAGCAGUGAGUGAGUUGCUGAUCUCCCCCUCAGGACGGAAACUUACUUGGGGCUCAUCCCGGGACAUAGCAAAUUCUUCCUGGUGAGUUUCCUACCAGUGUUUCCCCAUGGAAAGGAAAGUGAUUUGGGAGAGAAGGAAUUGGAUUUUUAAGUAGGAAUAUCUUCAGGCAUGGAAAAGCCUCCUCCAUUUCAUCUAUAUCCAUUCUAGCCUCUUUUAAAAAGCACAGUAGUAGACGAUGAGCAACAGACAAGGGGCAGAAUCCAAAGGAUUUGUCAGUUGCCUAACUAGAAGCAUUCUUUGGUUUUAAAUUUGGAGCUGUUCAGUUUGCAGUUGGACACAUGUGCGUGUUUGAGAACUACACAGACAGCUGGAGUGGCUUGAGGAGCUGUAGUAGACUUGACUGUCAUCUCUUUGUGGUGUAGAGAUGGGAGCUCAAGAGACUUAACAUUAUUUGAAAGAGUUACAAGUUACUCGGAGGUUUUAAUAGAUGCCCUCCCCAUAUUCUGAUCAUAAGUUGUUAGGAAAAAGAUUCACGCUUCCCUAUCCACCUCCAGCCCCAUCCUGUCAAUUAUGUGUGGACUCUGAGAAGCCUGCUUGAUAACUUGUCUUAAGUUGUAUUAAGACAUGUAGACGAAAAUCCCUAAUGGCUUUCCCAUAAAGAAUGUACUACUGCCUGGCAUCACUUCGACAAAACACUAUAGGACAUUGAUUUGCAAAAGCAGUUGACAAUAACACAAACUGCAUUUUUAAAAAGAGCACUUUUUAUUCACUUUAAGUGGAAAAUAGGAGGAGAAAUUGUGAGGUGGGGAGAAAACCUUACAAAAUGCUACAGUGUUUACAAAUGCCAGUACUAGGGGAUGAGAAAGGCCAUUCUCACUCUGGUUGAAAUUUGGAACAGCUUAUACAAAGAUGGUGUUCAUUUUUAUACAGCUUUUUUUAAAACUUCAAACUUUGCCAUUUCUGUUUUAAACGUAAAUCUAAUUCUGCACUUUGAAAUCAGUUCAUUAGAAUAACAUGUAUAUGGAUAAAGAUGCAGUAUUCCUUAUUCUGUACGUUAUUUAUUUAUACUUACCAAAGCUGCAAAUGAAUAAAUCUGGUGAGGUGAGGCCUUCAAAUGUAUUCCUACGCCUUUGUUAUGUGGUUAUGACUGCUAAGAAAUGUAGCCAUGAUGUUGUUAGAAAGGUGUCUUAACAUUUAUAGCGAGGACUGACAGAAUUUAAGCAGUGUUAAGAACACCAGCACCCAUAAUACACUGAGCUAUAGUCUUCAUGUAAGGGACUGAAUGAGAGAGAACUCUCAUGCGUCCUUUUGGGCCCAGGAAGCCUUAAUCCUCAUACCGCAUAGUCCCGUCUCAGAUUUUGCUCUGUACUCACGCCUGUAAAUCUAGGAGGUUCUAUGUAUUCUGUAACUUCGUUGACCAAAUCUCUUCCUUCAGUUUUUCUGAGGUAGUGCAUCUCAUUCAAAAAUCUUUCCAUUCAAUAUGCUUUUGUUCUGAAAAGGGGUUUGGUAAGUCACGUCUUCCAUACUACAUUUCUACUUACCCCCACACUGCCUUCUUCCACUUACCUGUACAGGCACCCCCACCACAUACACACCUGUAUAUGCAGCAGCCAGUGGGCUCGUAAAUAUCAACAAAGAACUUUUUUAAAAGAAUGAAUUUGUAAUAAUCCAUGCUGUCUAGAAAUGUAAGUUAUUUACCUUAUUAGGGAAUCAGCUUAUAAUGCUAUGUAUGACUUUGCCUGCAUUUUAUAGUUAAGAAGUGUACAUAAAAAUUAAAAAUGCUAUAUUUUCACAGUUUCAUUAUAGAGUAAUGUCUGUUUAGCGACCCAUGUCCAUUGGUACUUUAAAUAUGCUGAAUACUGUGCAGUUGCAAUAGAAAUUCAGAUUUUCGUAAGAAAAUGACAUAGGAUACUGCAUCUUUAAAAAAAAAUAGAGUGAAAAUAUUUUGCUGUAUUCGUAAACGUAUGUGAUAGUGGAAAAGUAUUUUCAAACUCACAAAUUUUACAGAGGUUGUAAAUAGUUUGAUGAAGUAUGUUGGGAAAAAAGAGCUUCUAGUUUUCAUCACAAUAAAAAAAAAGAAACUUGUUCAGAUAUGCCUUGUAUAUCGUACAAUUAGCAAUAUUGCCAUGGGAACUGUGUUCCACUGUGUCAGAGCACAUUCUUUGUGCUCUGACCAAAUGGAGUGGUCACUUGUCUCAAUUUAGCCAGGACGGUUUAAAACACAGUGAAGUCAUUUUAAGUUGCAGACAACUGAUUCCAAAUUCAAAAUGUCUUUGCCUGAAGAGGAGAAAAUAGCCGCAUAGGAUUUUACUUGUGCUAAAGAGAAGCAUCUAGCAAUUAUUCUCUUUUCUCAAUUAUCUUCCUCCUCAGUGAACUAGUUUUUGAUACCAAACAAAAAGCAAAAAAGCAAAACAACUAUAAGGUGUUGGUUGAUUCUUGUUUAAUUCCAGAGGGAAUGAAUACUUUUAAGAGUAGCUACAUGUUGACAAGAUGAAGUGCUAUGGAUAUGGCCACAUGUUCAACGAAUCUGUACUGGCAACAGGAAUAAGCUAAUGCCCAUUUUCAGAAAUGAAUUAAAAGCUGAAAGUGCCUGUCAAUAGACAUUAUGACCAAUGAGAUAUUCCUAUGCUUUUACACAGCAAUAAUUCUUCAUUAGACCGGGUCUUUCCUCCACAUUUGGGAAACACAUGCACACACACACACACACACAGAAUAAAUAUAUGCACAUCGUAAAUUGAACAGGUUCUAACACCCACGAAAAUUCUUUUGUGAUUUUUAAAUAUACCCAAUCUUGUUUUACGCUAGUAUUUAUUAAUUUAAUCUUACAGAAUGUAAGAAUGCAAAUCUGAACAUUAAGGUUAUCUUCAACAUACACUCUGGAAUAUGGCAAUUAUAAUCUUAAGGUAAAAACUUCACUGAUUUGCCCCAAACUUGCAAAGCACUGUGUGUAGCUCAAAAGGUUUUGCUCAGUUAACAAAAGUCAAAUUAUGUAGAGCAAAACACUGGAGAUACUUGUUUGUUUUACUUUAUUUUGUCGACUAAUAUCAAAUGCACAAAUUCAUCUUUACAUUUCUUCAUUUUCUUUUUCCCUAGUAUUUUCUGUUAUCCUACAGGAACCAUUUUGGAAUGAAUAUCGACACAAUCAUUUCUCUCUAAAAAAGUCUACUGAAGACUGCUGACAGUAAGCCUAGCUUUGACCAAGGUUUGCAGUUAGUCCUGGAAAUUACCAAUUUACAUUCAGAACUUGCCUACUUUUUCCUGUAAUUAUUUUACUGCUAGAAGUGGAGUCAUGAAUAGAAAUAUACAAUGAGAUUAUACGAAUAGACAAGAGCCCUGGAAAUUCUCCAGCCUUACCAUCUCAGAGCACAAAUCCACCCAAACAAGCUAUUGAGGGCUAUCAGCAAAAUUAUACUCUUUCAGAGCCAAACAUUUGGUAGGAGCAAUUUUAAAAAAUAUAACUGUGAUUAAACACUCAGGCUUUAGACAGUGAAGGCUACCACGAUGGACAGUGGUCUACAUAUUUCUCCAGAACCAGACCACAGGCCUAGAAAACCAUUCACUAUUUCCUUCUCUAAGUUACAGAAAGAACAAAAAGGAGAAGGAAAUGUGCCAGGAUAGGGUGUAAAAGAACCAAUCAAGUGUCCAAGGAAAGCUGCUGGGUUCUGAAAUCUCGCUGAAGUCAAAUCUUCUAACUGGGCUGUUUGCUACAAGUUGUCUCAAAGUACUGAAUGAAGUUGAAAGGUCAAAAAUUCAGCAAACCGUGGAAACAACAGCUGUCCUUUACUAAACCCUUACUAUCCACCAAGCAUUCUACUAGGCAGUUUUUGGACACGUUGCCUCUAUUCCGUAAACAGGUCUACAUUUUAUAGUUGGGCAAAUGGGGCACAGAGAGUGGCUGAGUCAUUUGCAAACACAGAAAUAGUGAACAGCAGAGUGAGAAUGUGAAGCUACCUGUCUCUAGUCUGAAGGCCGUGUUCUUCCGACUGCACCACACUGCAGGUGGCUUCCCUGCAGCCAAGUUUUCAUAUUUCUAACUCUGAAGUAGUUUUAUGGCUGGGUAGUCCUAUUUUCCAAGUAAGAUAUAGCACAUGGUAUGACAGUGGUACCUAAUAUCUGAAAUCAGGCUUCUCCUGGGAAGUCCUGCAUUAGGGAUCAUUAUAAACAAACAGCAAUGAUCAGCUGUCUCCCUGAAUUUGUCACUUUCCUCUGAAAUGUUUGGCCUAGAGAUCCCAAAUCCUGAAAACUCUCCCCUACUUGGUAGCAUUUUAGCCAGAGUGGGCUUUCUCAAGUCUAUGUAUUUAUUUGUAGGUUUAGUAAAAGCCUUUCCACCUGUAGACCUUCUAGAAUCUGCUUAAAUUGCUUUUGAAAUGUACACAUCCAUAGAACUCGUGAAUAUCAGCCCACUCUUGGUAGUUGUUAACGGGGCGGCAAUCACAAACAUUCAGAUGACAAGCAAGGAGAGAGAACGAAUAGUUCCUUUUCAGAUUUCUCACCUGAAAGUACCACCUUGGAAUGUUUUAAAUAAUCUUAUGAAUAAUUUGUUUAUGGUAUUGUUAGUUUAAUUGAAUUUUAUGUGAGAAGCUGUCCAACAUCAGAGAAAUCAACCGCCACCCCUUUUCUGUGUAGAACAAGGUCUUUGACAGUAUUGAUCCAUGGAAGCACUAAUGGGCUUAGAAAACAUUAAGAGAAUGUCAUUUCUCAUGGUGUUUCUUUUUUCUGAAAAUGAAUCCCCUGAAUUAUGAUCUUUCUCCCUGUUACUUGGCUGAGGGAAGAGAUAAAACCUGUAUAAACAAAUUCCCUUCCGUGCUGAAAGCAAGUGUUCUGUGUGCACAAGCCACUGCGGGAAGGGGCUCUCUUCUCCGUUAAUUGGGUUUCACAAGCAACAAUUUCUCAACAACAAAACCACAACUUUAAGUGAGUUGAAAAGAGAUGAAUAGUGGUAAUAGUCACAUCGGUACUUUUUUUUUCUUUCUUUCUGGGUUUCAUCUCUAGAAAUUUUAGAUGUUUGGGACAAUAGAGUCUGCCCUUUGUGCAAAGCAAGAACCAGACUCUGUGAAUUAUAUCUUGCUUUUACCAAAGCAGGCCUACCAAGACGUUCACAGAGAUUCAUUUUUGGUGAAAAAUGAGGGUGCAUAGGAGGGUAGAAUUUGGGUCACAUUCUAGUAAAAGUGCUCAGGUAAUCAAAAAGUAAGACAUUUUAGGGACACACCGACAUCUUCCCCUUGCUAAUUUCGUGCUCCAAAGAUACAGUGUAAAACCUUAUAGAAAAUGCUUUCUCCCUACUUGUGUUUCUAGUUUUCCUAUGGCAGAGUUUUUUAAUUACAUCCAGACUGCAAUAUAUAUUUUGUUCCUCAGGCUUCAUCAUGUUGGAUGGGUAUUGUUGAACUGGGGCACUGGUGCCUAUAUUCAAGGCUCUUUCCUAUCAACUUGUGUGUCCACAAUUUGUUGUGUUUAAAAAUUCAUUUUAAAAAAAUCACCAUCCCCCCGCCCCCGACCCCUCGCAGAACGGUAGUUGUAUUGUUUUGUCCAUGUCUAUGUGGGACACGUUGCAUCCCAUGGCAAACCAACUCUCUGUGGAUGUGAGAUAACUACUUACAAAACCAGCUUGAAAACAUCGUCUUAUGUAUUAUGUCAUCCUGCAUCAUAAUGCAAUUAUGUGUAUCAUAACAUGCUCAUUUUAAAAAAGAGAAACCAGCAAAUUCAUGUUUGUCCAUUGAAGAAUGUACUCAGAACUUUCCGUGUUGUGAAACGAUGAGAACAGACCACCUUUAAGAUACCCACCUGCCACUUAAAAUGACUUAGUUAUAAUUAGUAGUAGUCUAGACAUUGCUCUUGGUGUGUGGGGGUCAGUUCAAACGUCAUAUUCUUUUAAAUAAAUCUCUCGUAUUUGAAAAAUAUAUGGGAAUAAAGAAAAAUAUCAUCUUUGGCCAAAUCAAGCAGGCAUCUUUUUCCUUUUCCUUGACACUUAGCUCAUUAUACAUGAUGACUGGAUCACAAGAUCCAUCUGUGUAAAAAUACAAAAACAUCCUUUGGUUUACAAAACAGUUACUCUAGGCUUGAAGCCUCUGAACAGCAAAUUGAAUAGAUGUGCUGCGUCUGACUCACUUUACAGAUGUAAUUUUACAAAAGACUCUCGGGUCCCUGACCCCAGAGAGUUACAAUGCCCAGAGGAGGUCCUACGCAUUAAAGGAUAAAACCCCCCCAAUGAUGCUGGCAAGCAAAUGUGUUAAUUUCUUAAAUCUUCAUUUGGUUUUCUGUUCAGAGUUUUAAUUGCAAAUGAAUUUAUUUCUCCAGCUUAUCUAAAGAUCUAAUUUCCCAAUAGUUUCCUCUGCAUUUAUAUACUCUGUAGUGUUUAGGCAACCCCUGUUAUAAGUUUAUUAAUAUUAUGUAAGUGUUGUUCUUGUAUUUAUGUAUAGUGUAUGUAUUGUAAAUAUACUCAGAGCUUUUUUCCUUUUACUGUAAAAUGGUGAUUUUUUUUUUUUGCCCUAUGAUAAUGUAAAGGGAGACCCUCCUAAUGAGCCUCUCUCAGAGGAUGAUUAUUCCAGUCUAUUCUCAGAGAUUUAAAUGAACAAGUGUUAUCGUUUUUAAUGGUGUCUCAGACAUAUUCUGUUGGUGCAUUGCUUUUCUGUAUUCAACUUUCCUAUGAAUUGAGCUGUGAACCGAAAUAGAGUUUAAACCUUUAACUGUAUGCAUUUGUAUAAUUAUCUGAAUGAAGGCAUGAAGGUUAAAUAAAGCAUUUUGUAUG